CAUCUGAGUUCCAAUAUGUCUUCUUCAAAUAAGCUGAUCUCCUCCGCCGUCCUCCUCCUAACCUGGGUCCUCCUUCUCCGAACGUCUCUCGGAGCCGACCCUCUUUCCUAUGUCUGUUCAAACCCUCAAAACUUCACCGCCAACACGCCUUUCGACUCCAACUUGAAAACGCUCAUUACAAUUCUUACCUACAAAACACCUCUCACUGGUUUCGGUCUCGCAUCCAUUGGCCAAAACAAGAACCAGAAAGCCUACGGCCUCUCUCUUUGUCGUGGGGAUGUUUCUCCCUCAGACUGCGAAACUUGUGUCUCCGAAGCAGUCACGGGACUCCUCAAACGAUGCUCCUACAACAAAGGUGCCAUAAUCUGGUACGACAACUGCCUGUUCAAGUAUUCGGACCAAGAUUUCUUUGGCCGCAUUGAUAACGCAAACAAGUUGUAUUUGUUCAACGUGCAAAACGUCAGUGAUCCUGACGCUUUCAACUACAAAACGAAGGAGUUAUUGAGCCGACUUGCCGAGGAAGCUCAUGCGAACCCUAACAUGUAUGCGGCGGGAGAGGCAAACCUUGGAGAAUCGAAGAACAUGACAGUGUAUGGGUUGACUCAGUGCACCAGAGACCUUUCUAUCGAGGAUUGCAAGAAGUGUCUUGAUGAUGCAAUCGGUGAACUUCCUAAUUGUUGUGAUGGGAAACAAGGUGGCAGAGUUGUAGGCGGAAGCUGCAACGUGCGAUAUGAGAUUUACCCUUUCUUCAAAUUGUAGAUCUUCGUGUUGGGUGGGUCGAAGGUGAGCAGAGUUACUAUCAACAAUGUUGUUGUGACGCUAGCUAGCCUUCGAUCUUCGUCAGCAGUGUAUACUCACGAACAUUGAUUCCUGUGUGGAUGUUAUCGAAUAAAGUUUUCUCAUUUAUUUGAUUUGAUGAAUAAAAUGUCGAUGUAACUUAAUUUUGUUAGCUGUUGUUCUUCACAAUAUUCAAGCCUGAAUAGUGAUUGGAGCUGGACUUAGCUCCAAGAAUGCAAAAUUGACCCAAAAAAUAGUACAAAAUGAAUAAG